AUGGCAAUGCAGCGUUAUUUGGCAGUGGCUUCACCACCAUCUCCAAGUUCUGGUCAUUCUCAUCAAACUCAUUUAUUGGGAGGCUUUGUUGUUGGCAUUUUGACAGUCUUGGUGGUUGCUUUGUUAUUUUACUUGAUCAAGACGAAGCUCUUACCAGCUCUCAGGCACAGGCAAUUACCACAGAAGCUUGGGCAGAAAGGUGAGCAGAACCCUCAGUUUGCAGCAAUUAACAUUUUCCCGUUUCUAAGAAAUUUGAAAGAAGAGAAAAUAUUGCUCAGGCGGUUCCAAUUAGAGGAACUGGUGAAGGCCACCAAGAACUUCAGCAAAGAUUGCUUGUUGGGUUGUGGUGCUUUUGGAAGUGUCUACCAGGGGACUUUUGAUGAUCUGCAGACACUAGCCAUUAAGCGAACCCACGCUGAUUCGUUUCAGAGUGCAGAAGAAUUCAGAAAUGGAGCAAGAGGAGGAAAAGUUUUGAUCUAUGAAUAUGUACCAAAUGGUUCUCUACUUGAUUACUUUAUGGGAAGAAAAUGGAGGAGCUUAACUUGGAGGCAAAGAGUGAACAUAGCCAUUGGAGCAGCAAAAGGCAUUGCUCAUUUGCAUGAAGGGGUCAGCCCAAGCAUAAUCCACCGUGACAUAAAGCCGAGUAACAUCUUGAUAGGAGAUGGAUUUGAAGCCAAGGUUUCAGAUUUUGGACUGGUGAGAUCCGGGCCAACUGGGGAUCAAUCACAUGUCAGUAGCCAAAUCAAAGGAACUCCAGGAUACCUUGACCCUGCCUAUUGUUCAAGUUUCCAUCUAACCCCAUUCAGUGAUGUCUAUAGCUUUGGUGUCAUACUUCUGCAACUUGUUUCUUCCCGGCCUGCAGUCGAUCUAACGGGACAUCGCCCUAAACAACAUAUCAUUGACUGGGCAAGGCCUAGCAUAGAGCGUGGUCGUGUUGAGGAGAUUUUAGAUGCUAAUCUUUUAACAGAGCCAUGCAACACAGAGAUGAUGCUAAAGAUGGGACAACUUGGCCUACGAUGUGUUGUAAAAGUACCCAAAAACCGUCCUACAAUGUCCGAAGUGUGUCAAGAACUUGAAGAGGCCCUCUACAAUGCAGACAACUUAUUCAUCAACAAACAGCCUUCAAGGGAGUCUCGAAGAUCAACUGGCUCUCGUCGACCAACAGAGCCAGGGCAUAAAAGAUCGAUCGACUACGAUCAGUCUCAAAACUCCGUGAGCAUAGAUGGCAUUGGAUUUCAGAGGUUUCAUGUGGACAUAGAUAGCCUCUCCUUUCAGAGCACAAGCUUAAGGUGUUUGGAGUUGGACAAUAGUAGUAUCAGUAUCGACAUUGAUAAUUUCGAAGAUAUACAUGAGGAAUCUAGUAGAGAAAAAGAAUUAAACAUGUAA